AUGAUUCAACCAGACUACCCCUCAGCAAUGGGUCUAUUGUCCCAUUUAAACUCUGAUGAGCUUAAAGAAAUGCUAAACGAUGAUGCAAAGUUUGAUGUAGUACUCAAAGAUGUGAAACAGAUUAAAGAUUGGGAUACAGAAAAGGAAACUAUAAUAGUUAGUAACAGAUCUAUAGCAGAAUACAACUUAAGUAAAGAACCAGAACUAGAAGGACUUAAAGCGGAUGUUCAAGAAAAAUCAGAAAUUGGAGAAAAUCUUUGUAGCCGAAUUCAGGAAUUACUUGAUGAAUAUAAAACAAAAUCAGCUGGAAUAUCACCUGAUACUACACUGGCAUUAUUACAAACAGCUGCAGCAGAAACCGAGGAACAGUCUGAAAAUAUUGCACAAGACUUCCUAACAGGCAAGAUUGAUGUUGAAAAAUUUCUUGAAGACUUUGAACCAAUUCGGAAGUCAAUGCAUUUAAGGAAAUUCAAAGCAGAAAAGAUGAGUGACUUACUGCGGUCUGGUCAGAGUUCUUAUGGUAAUGAUGUAUCAAAACCUUAUCUGCCAUAUCCAAGCUAUGGUACACAUGGUGUACCAAGUGUCCCUUAUCCAAUGGGUCCCUUAAACAUGCCUAUGCCUGGUAUGUAUGGUAACCAUUUUUAA